CUCUCUCCCCGGUUCCUCCCCCCGCUCCCAUUGGCGGCGAUGGCGGCGAUCCGCACCGUGCAGGGCUCGGUGGCGCUGGUGACCGGCGGCGGCUCCGGGCUGGGCCGGGCCACGGUGGAGCGGCUGCUGGAGCGGGGGGCGCGGGUGCUGCUGCUGGACCUGCCCGCGUCCGGGGGCGCCGAGCUGGCCCGGGAGCUCGGGGAGAGCUGCGCCUUCGCCCCCGCCGACGUGACCUCACCUGAGGAGGUGGGCGCGGCGCUGGGCGUGGCCCAGAAGAAGUUUGGCCGCCUGGACCUGGCCGUGAACUGCGCCGGCAUCGGCAUCGCCGUCAAGACCUACAACAGCAAGAAGGACAAAGUGCACGACCUGGAGGACUUCCAGAGGGUCAUCAACGUGAACCUGGUGGGCACCUUCAACGUGAUCCGCCUGAGCGCGCAGCUCAUGAGCCACAACAAGCCGGACGCCGAGGGCCACCGCGGCCUCGUGGUCAACACGGCCAGCGUGGCCGCCUUCGAGGGCCAGGUCGGCCAAGCCGCCUACUCGGCCUCCAAGGGCGGCAUCGUGGGCAUGACCCUGCCCAUCGCCCGCGACCUGGCACCGCUGGGCAUCCGCGUGGUCACCAUCGCGCCAGGGCUGUUCUCCACGCCGCUGCUGGCCGGCCUGCCCGACAAGGUUCGCCGCUUCCUGGGCCAGCAGGCGCCGUUCCCCUCCCGCCUCGGCGACCCCGCGGAAUUCGCUCACCUGGUGCAGGCGCUGGCCGAGAACCCCAUGAUCAACGGCGAGGUGGUGAGGCUGGACGGGGCGCUGAGGAUGCAGCCCUGAGCCCGGGGAACCCCAAAAACGUGAGGGGACGGAGAGGACGCUGCGAGGAGCAACGAGGACACUCCAGCGCUGUGGGGACAAGGAUUGGGGACACUUUGUGCUCAGGGUCACGAGGGGACACGGCUUCUCCCUGAGUGGACACAACGAGCCCUCCAGAAGUGGGGACACCCAAGGGUUUGGGGGCAGCCAAGGGUUUGGGGGCAUCCAAGGGUUUGGGGGCACCCAAGGAUUUGGGGACACUCAAGGAGGAUUUGGGGACACCAAGGAUUUGGGGACAUCCAAGGAUUUGGGGACACUCAAGGAUUUGGGGACACUCAAGGGUUUGGGGACAUCCAAGGAUUUGGGGACACUCAAGGAGGAUUUGGAGACAUCAAGGAUUUGGGGGCACUCAAGGAGGAUUUGGGGAUACUCAAGGAGGAUUUGGGGACACCAAGGAUUUGGGGACACUCAAGGAUUUGGGGGCAUCCAAGGGUUUGGGGACACUCAAGGAGGAUUUGGGGACACUCAAGGAGGAUUUGGGGACACCAAGGAUUUGGGGACACUCAAGGAUUAGGGGACGCCCAAGGACUUGGGUCACUCAAGAAGGAUUUGGGGACACUCAAGGAGGAUUUGGGGACAUCAAGGAUUUGGGGACACUCAAGAGUUUGGGGACACCAAGGAUUUGGGGACACCCAAGGAUUUUGGGACACCAAGGAUUUGGGGACACUCAAGAAGGAUUUGGGGACAUCCAAGGAGGAUUUGGGGACAAACCCCAGGAUUGUGGCCAUGAGGACGUUCAGGAAGUUGGAGAACCCCUGCUCAGGUUUGGGGGGGUCCAUCCCGAGCCCCACCCCGGGUUUGGGGACCCCCUGAGCCCCCGUGAGUGGACACAACGCCCCCCCAAAAGUGGGGACACCCAAGGAUUUGGGGACACCCAAGGAGGAUUUGGGGACAAACCCCAGGAUUGUGGCCAUGAGGACGCUCAAACCCUGCUCAAGUUUGGGGGGGUCCAUCCCGAGCCCCCCCUCAAUUUGGGGACCCCCCUCCCCAGCCCCUCCCCCACAUCAAUAAAGCGCGUUCGCCCACGCGGCCUCCGA